GCUUCCCUUUCGGCCGGAAAGCGCGCGCUGAGCGGAGAUUUCUUUGUUUUCCGGAGUUUGGACGGAUGUCCAGGUGAAGAUGUCUGCGUGUCCCGAUGCACCUUGUGUCCCUGCGCUGGGCAGUGGAGACAGUCUCCAUCAACAAGGUGUCCAUAGCAAGGUCUUGGCUUCCUUCCCACUUUGUCAGCUCACUGAAGAGGACCUUACCCAGAACCCCCUCUUCUGCAAGUUCUUAGCCACACUGUCUCACCAUGUGGACCGGACUGGCCUCGCUGUGUCCCUGAAGGAGGAGUUGGAGAAGGCAGAGAGAGAGCUCCAGACGCAGAGACUGGCCUGGCUGCAGUCAGAAAGUUUGUUCCGGCUUCUGCAGGAGAUGAUCCAGGACCACUGCGUCAGACAGCAUCACAACAGUACCUCCUCGGAGGAUAACAAGUUCUAUGAAACCAUGGAGCAGUGUCUGUUGGUGGCCCAGUGUGUAAGGCAGCUGGAUCCCAGUUCCACCACCGGUCAGGAGCAGCCGCCUCUGCUGGGACUCUCUGCUAAACACGUCCUGGACCUUAUGCCUCCUGAGAAGGACGUUCGGCAUAUGAAACAGAGGCUCCUAGCGGAGCUGGAAAUCCGUUUGAAGAAGAAGUGUUUUAAUAUUUUGUCAUACUACCAGCCUGACUGGGAGGACGAGAGUGAAGGACUGAAAAACCUGAAGCUGUCGCGGCUGCCGGAGACCCUGGAGAGCGAAAGUAAAAGAGUGGAGGCUUUGAGGGAGAAGGAGUGGGAGCGCGCCACCCUGCUGCAGAGGCAAACUCACUAUUAUCUGUCUGAAUUAAUGGGCUGCAUGCAGAUCUUACAGUCACUCAUUCUGGACUAUCAUUUGAAAGCUCAGAAGGAACUGGACAAGAAAAAGGUUGAUUAUCUGGAGGCCAAGUGUCAAAUCGUCAUUCGGAAGAUCAGGGCAGAGAUGUUGCAGCUCCAGCUGGACACUUACACAGCAGAGAAAAUAAGUGCCCAUCGGAAAAUCAAGGAGAAGCUGGAUGCUGAGCUGAAGGCUGUUCGGGCAGAGAAGCAGUCAGCAGAGUCCAUGUUGUCCUCUUUUGAGAUCCUGGGGCAGGAGUUCGAGGCGUUGGUGCAGGAAUACUCACAGCUGCGACUGGAGAUCGACAACAAGAGCUGGGCCCUGAGGGAGUUCUCCCAGCACAGUCACUGAGGGGAAGUUCGUCUGUGUGCGCUCACCCUGUGCAUUAAUCAUUUACUGUGUACAGUUCUGAACUCAGUCUGUCUAAUAUUGGAAAAAUAUAUUGUUAAUAACUCCACUUUUAUUGAAAAAAUAGAGCAUCACCCAAACA